CCUUAAAGAAACGUUGAAGAAGCUUUGUUUGCAAACACCCUAUCCCUGCCAUCUCUUUUUACCUUCUCUCUUCUCACUCUCUUUCUCUUUCUCCCUCACCCUGAAAUAAGGAAAGCAGAAUCACCAGAGAAGUUUCAAUGUCCACCCCCUUCUUCUAAAAACCUUCUCUUUUCUCUCUCUCUUCCUCCAAGUUUUCAACUUUGUUUCUUAUUUUUUUCUCUAUACCCAGUUGAUCUUCUGUUUUUCAGUGAGCUAAUUAAGCUUGGAAUACACAAACCAUUGUCAAAGUUACAUUGUAAAUUCAUCUUCUGUGGUUUAGUGGCUCCUGUUUCUCAGAUCUACUAGCAUUAUCAACUAUUGUUUUCUUUUCGGUUAUUAUACCUAUCUGUUGGUUUUAUUUGAGUAUCUAGAAAGAAAGAAAAAAUGAGUAAAGAAGAGUUUAUGAAGAUUCAGACUUGUGUCCUGAAAGUGAACAUACACUGCGAUGGAUGUAAGAACAAAGUGAAGAAAAUCUUGCAGAAAAUUGAUGGGGUGUUCAAAACCACCAUUGAUGCAGAGCAAGGAAAGGUGACAGUUUCAGGAAACGUAGACCAUAAUGUUCUGAUUAAGAAGCUUCAGAAAGCAGGUAAACAUGCUGAGCUAUGGGGUGCACAAAAGCCAAACAACAACCAACUAGCGAACCAGUUCAAAAACAUGCAACUUGACAAUGGCAAAGGUGGUAACAACAACAAAGGCCAAAAGGGUGGUAAUAAUAACCCGCCCAAAGGUGGUGGUGGUGGUGGUGGUGGUGGAGGUGGAGGCGGCCAACCGAACCAGCAACAACUUCAGCAACAACUGCAGCAACUCCAGCAAAUGAAAGGCUUUCAAGAUCUGAAGCUCCCUCCUUUUAAGGACAUGAAGAUGCAGAUGCCUAUGAAGGACCAGAACCCGAAGGGUGUCAAGUUCAAUCUUCCUGAGGACGAAGAUUUGAGUGAUUAUGAUGAUGAUGAUGAGUUUGAUGAUGACGAAUUUGAUGAUGAGUUCGAUGAUGAAUUUGAUGAACCCCUUCCUCCAAUGAAGAAACCUAUUAUGGGUAAUGGUCAGCAGGGUAUACCUAAUAACAUCAUGAUGAUGAUGAAUGGGAAUAAUCCCCAGCUCAUGAAUGCUCAAAAGCCUCCUCAAAAUGGUGGUGCACAAAAUGGUAAAAAAGGAGGCCCUGGCGGUGGGGGAGCUCUUCCUGUGCAGGUAAAUAUGGGUAACAGUGAGGGUAAAAAUGGAAAUGGAGGUAAGAAAGGUGGUGCUGGCGGCGGCGGCGGCGGUGGGAACAAUCAAAACCAAGGUGCCAAGAAUGGUAAAAACGGUGGUGGUUUCCCUCAAAAUGGUAAUAAUGGUGGCGGUGGUGGCGGAGCCAACAAUAAGAAUGGUAAUAAUGGGGGUGGUGGUGGUAACGGUAACAACAUGAUUGGUAAUGGGGGCAAAAAGGGAAAUAGCGGUGGCGGAAUAGGUGGUAUGAAUGAUGGGUUCCAUAACAUGGGUGGGGCUGUACCUCAAGGUAUGAUGCCCAACGCUAAGAUGGGUCAAAUGGGUAGCAUGCCAAUGGGCCAACAAAUGGGUAGUAUGCCAAUGGGUCAAAUGGGCAACAUCCCAGCUGUUCAAGGCCUUCCGGCUGCUGCCAUGGCUGGUGGUGCCGGUGCAGGAGGAGGUGGUGGGUACUUUCAAGGAGCCGGGCCGGAUCUCAUGCCGGGUAACCCAUAUCACCAGCAGCAACAACAACAACAGUACAUGGCUGCUGUAAUGAAUCAACAACGUGCAAUGGGUAAUGAAAGGUUCCAGCCCAUGAUGUAUGCAAGACCACCGCCUGCAGUGAAUUACGUGCCCCAACAGCCUUACGCUCCAUACCCGUAUCCCGCCCCGCAUCCAUACCAACCUCAUGAUCCAUCUUAUACUCACUUUUUCAGUGAUGAAAACACCUCAAGUUGCAAUGUUAUGUGAAGAAAUUAUUGGUCAAGUUUUCUCUAUAAGUUUGUGGUG